AUGGGCAGAGAGACUAAACCUCCCACCGAAGAGGAGGAGCAGCCUCCCCCGUUACCCCCUCGCAAAGCUGUAGCUACCACUGCGGAAUCGAGAGGCUUGCAGGCCCAGCCUACCACGGCGUUGACGUCUGUGGACAUCCAGACGCUUUCCUUUCCGGACGGAACCCGGGGAACAUUCUCAACGCCCGGGAACAGGUCAGUUUCCACCCCCGUGGGCAGUGGUUAUGAUUCACCAGGAUACAAAGCCAGCCUAUCUGGUGGGGAAGGGCCUGAUGACGCUGCAAGCAUGAUGAGCUUUGCGCCGACCAUGCGGCCAGCUGGGGACAUUGCAAGCUUAAUGGUUUCCGACUUUCACAAGCGCACUCCAGCGUGGAAUUUGCUCCAAGCCCAGUCUGCUACAGUCCAGCCAUUCCAACGACAUCUUUCAGGGGCUCAGGAUGGACUUGCCGGUUUCGAGGAUGAAUUCCAGCCCAUUCCAUCCCAAGAGGACGAGAAUGUCAAAGACGAAGAGCGAGUAUUAAUGUGGAAGUCAAAACUUAAGCAUUACAUGAUCCUGUCAUCUGCCGGAAAACCCAUUUGGAGCCGUCACGGAGACCUCGACCUCAUCAACUCGUCCAUCGGAGUUAUUCAGACAAUCAUAUCAUUCUACGAAGGAGCCAAGAACCCUUUGCAAGGCUUCACAGCGGGCAGCACCAGAUUCGUGGUAUUAACCCAAGGCCCUCUUCAUCUCGUGGCUAUAAGCAAGCUCGGCGAGAGUGAUGCGCAACUUCGGUCCCAGCUCGAGGCGUUAUACAUGCAGAUUCUGUCAACGCUGACACUACCCACGCUAAAGAAUAUAUUCGUCAACCGACCAUCGUCCGACUUGCGCAAACCACUCCAAGGCACAGAGUCCUUACUAUCCUCCUUGGCAGACACAUUCACCCUUGGCUCUGCAUCGACCCUCCUAGGCUCAUUAGAGUGUUUGAAGCUGCGCAAGUCUGAGCGCCACGCCAUCAACAAUACUUUUUUGAAGCUACGAACCGAUAAGCUGCUCUACGGGCUCAUCGUCGCUGGCGGGAAACUCGUGAGUGUCGUGCGGCCGCGGCGGCAUUCUCUCCACCCCAGUGACCUGCGGCUCAUCUUCAACAUGCUCUUCGAAUCAGACGGCAUCAAGGGCGGCGGCGGCGAGAACUGGAUUCCCAUCUGUCUACCUGCAUUCAACAACAAGGGCUAUUUGUACAUGUACGUCAGCUUCUUCGAAGACUCGCCGGAAGUGCAACCGCCAGGCAGUCCAACAAAUGUGCAGACGCCCAGCGAAGAGAUAGCCAUGAUCCUCAUAAGCGCAGACAAGGAGAGUUUCUUCAGCCUCAAGCAAAUGCGCGAUGACGUUGCGCAGGCCUUGGCGAAAAGCGGCAGCCUAGCCACCAUUCGCAAGGCAGCGCGCGCCGGCCGACCUGCCGUGUCGCAAGUUGCGCCCGGAAGCCAAGUCAGCCACUUCCUGUACAAAUCUCGGGCAAACGUGCAGUUUUGCAUGUCGUCGCUACAACCCUUGUUCGCCCAUGUCGUCGAGAGACGAAGGCUACUGUCGCUAUACCACGAGCUACAUGCCUCUGUGCACGCUAAACACGCGCAUCUUAAGGUUCUGCACUGCUCGAGCGAGGAGGCGACUUGUCUGGCGUGGAUCACGCCCGUCUUUGAAUUUUAUUGCAUCGGGGGACCAAACUUGUCUCGCGCGGCCAUGACUCAGGGCGCGAACAAGAUUAUUCAGUGGGCCAAGAAGGAAGAGCAGAGGAUAUUCAUCAUUGGCGGAGGCGUAUUCUAG